CGCAGGCUGCGACCCGGAAGCUGUCGCCGGCUGGCAGCCGGCUGGCGGCUCUGACCGCUUUGGGGCUGCGGGGCGCAGUCUCCUGGGCUGCCGGAGCUUGCUGUGGCUGCUAGCCGUGGAGGACGGAAGGAACCUCCAAUGACACGGCCGCAGUCUGGGCACGCGGGCCCCGGCGACGUGUGACUCGAUCUGUCUGCCGGCAGCCGCUUCGGCGCGCUCGUAAGUGUCCCGUGGGCUGCGCGGGGCUGCGAAGAGACUCCCCGCCUGGGCCAUGAUGAAGGCCGUCAAGUUUUCCUCCUCUCGUUCGGAAGAGGCAAGCUGGUGGGCUCUGUUGACGGAAGCGAGCGGGAGAAGCCGGGUUUUCUCUGUCGCUUUGCAGUGCCUGUAAUAUCGAGGGUCCAGAGCUCACUCAAUAGCACCCGGCUCGGACAGUUCAUGCUCUCUUUCCUGACACCAAAGUAAAAUAGGAGGCUGUCAUCCCUGGAAACCACCUAUCCUUUCAGCCAUGAAGACAGAAACACUGCCCCCUACCCGGGAGAAUACCCCUGAGUUCAGCGGUGUCUACAGUAACCUAUGGACUAGCCGGAAGCUGAUGGUUAUGGGUGUCCUGCUGGGCUGGUUACUGGUCGUCCACCUUCUGGUCAACAUGUGGCUUCUGAUCCUUCUGUGUGCAUCGUUGAUGGUGCUGGGAGGAUGGCUGGGCUCCAGUGCCACUGUAGGGCUUUCAGGUCAAUUGCACCUGGAACGAUUCAUCAAGGUCACCACCUGUCCUCCGUGUCCCGAGGCAGAAAGGCAGCUGGAACAGGAGAUUAACCGCACCAUCCAGAUGAUUAUCCGAGAUUUUGUGUUAUCCUGGUAUCGUUCAGUGAGCCAGGAGCCAGCAGCAUUCGAGGCGGAGAUGGAGGCAGCCAUGAAAGGCUUGAUCCAGGAGCUUCGACGGCGGAUGAGCCUCGUGGACAACCAUGCUCUUACCCAGAGGGUUCUGACUCUCUGUGGAUGUCACCUGCAGAGCUAUAUUCGGGCAAAGGAGGCUUCUGCGAGGGGCCAGAGCUGUCCAGUUCAGCCCUCCCAGCUCUGGGAUGCUUACUGCCAGGUUACCACUCCCCACCCUGCCACGAACAGUCCCACCACUGAGGUCACUUAUGCACGUGGCAUUGUGAAUUUGUUACUGCAAGAGUUAGUGCCCAAGCCCCACAUGGAGACCAGGACUGGACGCCAUGUAGUAGUUGAGCUCAUCACGUGCAAUGUCAUCUUACCACUCAUCAGCAAGCUCUCGGAUCCUGACUGGAUCCACCUUAUCCUUGUGAGUAUCUUUUCCAAGUACAGACACGAUGCAGCGCAAGGGACUAAACCCCCCUUCUCAGCCAGUGCCCUAGAGCAGCCUUCAGUGCCCACAUCUCUGCCAUUGACUGUCGAAGUCGAGAGUCCACCAAUAGGAAAAGCGCCUUCUCCAGUAGCAGCCCCAGCACACGGAACCGGGACCGGCAGUGAGCUAGCCCCCUCCCCAGAGGUUGAAGAAGGCCACGAAGCUGUAGAGGGAGAUUUGGCUGGGGUGCUUGAAGAAAGAAAAGUAGAACAUAAUUCAUCCCGUUUUCUACAGCCAGAUAUCCGUGGCCCCUUGUUCUUAUGUGAAGACUCGGAACUCGAAUCACCACUGUCGGAAUUGGGCAAAGAAACCAUCAUGCUAAUGACCCCGGGCAACUUCCUGUCUGACAGGAUUCAAGAUGCUCUGUGUGCCCUAGAGGAUCCCCAGGCUCUGGAGCCUAAGGAUGGUGAGGGAUCUGAAAGCAUGGAAAGUGCGGAAGCUGAGGAGGCUCCAGGGACAGAAACAGAGAUAGGCUUGCCGGUCUCCGUGCUUAACUGCCCAGAGAUCCAGAUUGACACUGCCGACACGGAGGCAGAACAAGGAGAUGUCACCUCUCUCACGGCUUUGCUGGAGGAACCAGAAAAGACCUGCCCCCUACGACCUUCACGCUUAGAAAAGGACCUCACCAGUGGCGUGAGCUCCCUUGAUUCUACUCUGCCACCAGUGCCACUUCCCUCCUCUCCAACUGGUCCUCUCAGCUCGGCCACCUUUAGCUUCGAGCCCCUGAGCAGUCCAGAUGGCCCCGUUGUCAUCCAGAACCUGCGAAUCACCGGCACUAUCACUGCCCGAGAGCACAGCGGUACCGGAUUCCACCCAUACACGCUGUACACUGUGAAGUAUGAGACAGCCCUUAAUGGCGAGAACAGCAGCGGCCUACAGCAGCUGGCCUACCACACCGUGAACCGCCGCUACCGGGAGUUCUUGAACCUGCAGACCCGCCUGGAGGAGAAACCAGAUCUACGAAAGUUUAUCAAAAAUGUAAAGGGUCCAAAAAAGCUCUUUCCGGAUCUUCCAUUUGGGAACAUGGAUAGCGACAGAGUAGAAGCCAGGAAGAGCCUCCUGGAGUCGUUCCUGAAGCAACUCUGUGCCAUUCCUGAGAUUGCCAACAGCGAGGAGGUGCAGGAGUUUCUUGCUCUGAACACGGAUGCUCGGAUUGCCUUUGUCAAGAAACCGUUCAUGGUCUCUAGAAUAGACAAGAUGGUGGUGAGUGCUAUCGUAGACACCCUGAAGACAGCGUUCCCUCGCUCUGAACCCCAGAGCCCCACAGAGGAGCUGAGUGAAGCGGAGAAUGAAAGCAAGCCCCAGACAGAAGGCAAGAAGGCUAGCAAGUCCAGACUGAGGUUUUCAUCCAGUAAAAUUGCUCCUGCACUGAGUAUAGCGGAGGCUCAGGACAGGGUUCUCUACCGUCUUCAGGAAGGCAAUGCGGAGUCAGAGAUCCUGUCCAUGUCUGGGAUGGAAUCUUUCAUUGAAAGGCAGACAAAGUUACUGGAAAUGCAGCCAGCGGAAGUCCCAGAUAAAGAGCCCCACCAAGUCCUCCAAGAAUGUGUGGACAGUGGUUUGCUGGAUAAAGCUAUGGUAGCCCCAGAGCUCACCAAGAGUGACCCAGGAACAGAAACAGAGUUAGCCGACACGGCCUUCGACCUCAUCCUCCUGCUGCUGAUGGAGCAGUGGCAGUGGCUGUGCACUGAGAACAUGCAGAAGUUGCUCCGCCUUGCUUUUGGAACUCUAGUUCAGAGGUGGCUAGAAGUACAGGUGGCUAAUCUAACAUGUCCCCAGCGGUGGGCACAGUACCUCCGGCUUCUUCGGGAAUCUAUCUGGCCUGGUGGAGUGCUGCCCAAGUUUCCACGGCCUGGGAGGACUCAGGCCCAGAAAGCAGCUACUGAGAAGCAGGCUUUGCAGAGCUUGAUGGGUAUCCUGCCAGAUUUUUUAGUAGAAAUCCUGGGGGUGAACAAGUGCUGGCUGAGCUGGAGUCUAGUGCUGGAAUCGUUCCAACAUCCCCUCAUCAACAGACAUUUGGUUUACUGCCUUGGAGACAUCAUCCUGGAGUUCUUGGACCUCAGUGCUUCUGUUGAGGAGUCUACCCCAACCACCUCAGCCUCAGAUUCCCCAGGCAACCUCAAGAAGAUGACUGUUCCCACUUAGCUAGAAGUUAUUCACAGUCUCCAAAGGCCUGAAGAAGAGAACUGUUCACCCUCUCAGAGA